GAGAAAACAAAGCAGAUGUGGGCAAACAUGCUUGAAUGGAGGAGGGAGUUCGGAGUAGAGAGCAUAAUGGAGGAUUUCGAGUUCAAUGAGAUUCAUGAGGUUCUCAAACACUAUCCGCAGGGGCACCAUGGAGUUGACAAGGAUGGAAGACCGGUGUACAUAGAGAGAGUGGGUCAGGUUGACUCCAACAAGCUUAUGCAGGUCACGACUCUUGACCGUUACAUCAGGUAUCAGGUGAAGGAGUUCGAGAGGGCCAACCAUCUCAAAUUCCCUGCUUGCUCUGUUGCUGCCGGAAAGCACAUUGGGCAGAGCACUGUGAUCUUGGAUGUUCAAGACGUGGGGCUUAAGAACAUGAAUAAAGCUGCUAGGGACCUCAUCAAUCGCCUCCAGAAGAUCACUGCUGACUACUAUCCUGAGACCUUGCAUCGUAUGUUCAUCAUCAAUGCUGGUCCUGGUUUCCGGAUCUUGUGGAACACUGUUAAGACCUUCCUCGAUCCUAAGACCGCCUCCAAAAUCCACGUCUUCGGUAACAACUACCAGAGCAAGUUGCUUGAAAUCAUUGAUGCCAGUGAACUUCCAGAAUUCUUCGGUGGUACUUGCACAUGUGCAGAUAAAGGGGGCUGUAUGCUUUCCGACAAGGGACCUUGGAAUGACCCCGAUAUACUCUGCAAGAUGUAUGACAAUGAGGAGGAGAACAGUAGCUAG